AAUUCAUAUAAAUAACUUAUCUAUGAUCGUAUUACAAAUUAUCAUGCAUAGAUAAUAGUUAUCAUGGAUUACGGGAAUAAAUGUAUGAUAAAUCAAUUAUAAUCGUUAAGCAUGGUUUAGCAUCUAUGUUCAGCAACAAUACCCACAAUAGUAAACAACGGUCAGUUUUUAGUAGUAUUUUAAAAUGGAAGAAACAGGAACUUCGGAACAGCAUCAAUUAAAGAAACCUCAAUUUGGAACUAGAUACUUAAUUAACGAAGAAAAUGUUUACGAACAUAAUGCUUGGGAUGAUGUGGCAUGGAAUGAAGAACAAGAUGAAGAAGCUAAAAAGAAGGUGGCAGUAAACAGCAAGGUUACACUAUCUGUAACAGAAAUUGAAAAGUAUGAAACAGAAGCUUCCAAAUUUUGGGAUAUUUUUUAUAACAUACACUCAAACAGAUUUUUUAAAGAUAGACAAUGGUUAUUUACAGAGUUUCCGGAAUUAAAUUUAAAAAAUACAGGUAGUUCACAGCCUCUUAUAUUUGAAAUAGGAUGUGGAGUAGGAAAUACAAUGAUUCCUAUCCUACAAUAUUGUGAAAAUCAAAACGUUUUUAUUUAUGGAUGUGACUUUUCUAAAAAUGCAAUAGAAAUAUUGAAACUGCAUCCUAGAUAUAAUGAAGAUAGAUGUAGCGGAUUUGUCCUCGAUGUAACUAAUGAAGCUUGGGAUGUUCCAUUUGAAAAAAACAGUAUUGAUAUCAUUAUUUUAGUGUUUGUCCUAUCAGCCAUAAUGCCAGAAAAAUUUGACCAUAUUAUCAAACAGAUUUAUUCAUAUUUAAAACCUGGAGGAACCUUGGUGUUUAGAGAUUAUGGACGUUUUGAUUUAGCUCAAAUAAGAUUCAAACUUGGUAAAUGUUUGUCAGACAAUUUUUAUGUAAGAGGAGAUGGCACAAGAGUAUACUUUUUCACACAAGAAGAAAUUAGAAAUCUGUUUUUGAGUGCUGGCUUUUCAGAAGAAGAUAACAGGAUAGAUAGGAGGUUGCAAGUUAACAGAGGGAAAAAGUUGAAAAUGUAUCGUAUUUGGGUACAGGGAAAGUACAAAAAACCUAGCUAACACAUGUAUUGCAAGUAAAAGAAAAUGCAUAUUUCACAUACAUGGGUAUACUUCUUUUUCAACAUUUCUCUACUAAUCAAUUAGCAAUGUCUGCUAAUUACACUUUAUUUAUACAUUAAAUACAGAUACCAUCAAAUUAGGAAUUUAAAAACUAGUAGUACUUCUUGAUAAAUCACAACAAAGUAUAACAUAAAUCUGUAUGUAGUGUAUAGUACACAUAUUUAAACAUGUUAUAGAAAUAUAAUUUACUGCUUUCAUUAGAUUUUUACUAAUUUCGAGUAUAAAAAAUAAAAAUUUAUGUAUGUAUCUCAAAGAAAA